AUGGAGUCCUUGAAGCGAACCGAGGGUGCCUCCCAACCACUGCGUCGGAAAUUCAACCUACGGCGCCCGUGGUGCCUCGCAGGGUUGAUCACCGCGAUUAUAGUGGUUAUUAUUGUAAUUGUGGUUCCUCUGGCAGUGAUCCUCCCACGAAAGAAUGCACACAAAGGAAAAGCAUCCAAGGUGUUAUUCCCGGUUUACGUCUAUCCUGAAACGAACACGACCUGGGAUCCUUUGUAUAAUGCAAUCUCGACACACCCCGAGCUUGACUUUGUGAUCAUCGUCAAUCCCUCCAGUGGGCCUGGGUCCUCCACCCCCAACACUCAAUACGCGACUGCGGUGCGCCGACUGGAUACUUAUUCCAAUGUCCAAAAGGUGGGAUAUGUGCCCACCCAUUAUGCCAACCGCAAUAUCACGGCGGUAUUGGAUGAUGUGGCAAUGUAUGCCAAUUGGACUGCGACCUCGACCGCUCUGGGCAUGGAUGGGAUCUUCUUUGACGAGAUACCCUACGAUUGGAAUUCAACCAAAGCCGAGUAUGUGAGCCAAAUCAACGAGGCGGUUAAAAACUCCUCGGGGAUCCAAUCGCCACACUUGAUUAUCCACAACCCAGGCACAAUCCCGGACUCCCGAUACGAUGACAACACCACGGACAUUACUGUGGUCUUCGAGCAGUCCUAUAAUUACUACCAGACCCAGGAGAAGGUGCUCGCUAAGACCCUGAGUGCCUCAAACCGGGGCGACUACUCCUACAUGCUCCAUUCAGUCCCCACCAUGACCAACCACAGUUUGAAGAAUUUCGUCGACGAUCUCAGCCGUCGAGCCGCCUACCUCUUCGUUACAACGCUAACAUCAGACUACUACGAAAGUUUUGGGUCUGGGUUGGAAGAAUUUUGCGAUGCUGUCCCAACGAAGAAUUAA